AACGGGGACCAGUGAGAACGCGGGACUAGCCGGAGCCCGGAAGUGCGGACUAACUCUGCGGUCGUUCCGGAAGCUCAGGUCUCGGCAUGGCUUUGGGAGGAAAGGCACCCAAGAGAAAGAAGGGCCAGGAGCGGAGACAGAGCCCUGAAGAUGGCGUGGGGAACGCGGCCGCCGACUACCAGGUGGGACAGGUCGCCGACAGCCUGCGGGGCGGCCAGAGACUUACCGAAGGCGCGACGGGGCGGCUGGCAGCUCUCUUCAGCACCGCGGAGUCACGGGCUCCACCCGUGUUUGUGCCUGUGCCCCAGGAAACACCUAAGAAAAGAAAACCCGAUGAUGAAGAAGAAAGUACGCCCCAGAUUAAAAGGCCAGCUGUGCAAACCCCUGCCAAAAGGAUGAAAGUGAAGAAACUCACUGAUGCAGAGGAGAGGCUGGCAAACAGGGAGAGUGCUCUAGCAAGUGCUGACCUAGAAGAAGAGCUUCAUCAGGAGCAGGGGCAGGAAAGGAGAAAGUCUCAGUCUCGUGGUAAAGCAACAAGUAGAGAAACACUUGGUGUAGCUGUCAGCCAUGAUGGAGACCAAAGAAGAAAAAUCCCACUCAACCCUGAAGAAGAGCGGUUGAAAAACGAGAGGACCGUGUUUGUCGGCAAUUUGCCUGUCAAAUGUAAUAAGAAGAAGCUGAAGUCAUUCUUUAAAGAGUAUGGACAGAUAGAAUCUGUGCGAUUUCGUUCUGUGAUGCCAGCAGAGGGAACACUAACCAAAAAGUUGGCUGCAAUAAAACGUAAAUUUCACCCUGACCAGAAAAGCAUCAACGCGUAUGUAGUGUUCAAGGAAGAGAGCGCUGCUGCAAAGGCGCUGCAGAGAAACGGGGCCGAGAUUGCAGAAGGAUUUCGUAUUCGAGUUGAUCUCGCAUCUGAAACCACCUCUCGGGACAAGAGAUCGGUGUUUGUGGGCAAUCUUCCUUACAAAGUUGAAGAUGCUGCUUUGGAGAAACACUUCCUGGACUGUGGGAGCAUUGUGGCAGUGCGGAUCUUGAGAAACCCACUCACAGGCGUCGGCAGAGGGUUUGGCUAUGUGCUCUUUGAGAAUACAGAUGCUGUUCAUCUUGCUUUGAAGUUAAAUAAUUCUGAGCUAAUGGGAAGAAAACUGAGAGUCAUGCGUUCUGUUAAUAAAGAAAAACUAAAGCAACCGAGUUCAAACCCAAGCUUGAAGAAUUCCAGUAAACCUAAGCAAAAAGUUACUUUUUCUUCCAAAAAUGCAUUUAUUGGAGAAAAGGCAGUUCUCACGAAAAAGAAGAAAGGACAAAAGAAAAAAGUAAAAGCAAAGAAACCAAAAAAUCAGCAGUAAUGGCAGAAGCGGCCGCCUUUGUUUCCAUGUGAACACUUGGAAUGAGUGUCUGGGUUUUUACAAAUUGUGUGGAAAAUGUGGAGACUCACACAAUGGUGUUUUGUAUUCAUAUUAUAUGUAAGACUUUUUUAAAAAGCGUUAUACUUAGAUAUGAGUUUACAGAAAAUAAUAAACAUUAAUGCUGGUUCCUGUGAGGACGAUUCCAGAUGUGGCCGUGAAAGCCCAAGGCAGACUGAGCUGUCGGUAACAGACGCCCAUCUCUUCCUAUCGUAUUCCAGCCAUCUAAGAAUUGCCAACCAACACGAACACCAGAACCAUGGUCAGCAGCUAACGUGGUUGGUUAUCAACGUCCUUGACAGGCUGGCUAUAAAGCUGGUUUUGCAGGGAAAUGUGAUCCUUAAAUUGCUGUCACUCAGAAUGAAAUAGCUGUCCCAGAAAGUUUAAAGACAAUAUUUCCUAAAGAAUUGUGGUAACGGAAUCACAGAUUUUAAAGAUGGACGACAGGACAGCAUAGGCUGCAUCCCUAGGGGCUCGGCCUGCUCACAGCUGAUGAUACAGAUGUCACCAAACCGAGGCUGGGUCCAGGGUGGAGAACUGUGGGGAGGUGUAAGCCAAGGUGGCUGAUGCUUAGGCAGGCAGCAUAAGGAAAGCGCACACUCUGUCACUUAGGUGGACAAGAGGGCAGGGUGAGUUUUCACUCAUUUAGUUUUCAAAAUUCUGUCUUUGGACAAUGCCAUGUAGAAAAUCUAAUGGGUGUUAGAAUAUAGCUCUACUUCUAUGGUUAAGCUUCUUGGUUAAGAGCAUGCACUGCUCACUCUGCCAGAGAACCUGAGUUCAGUUCCUACCACCCACAUCAAGUAGUUCACAAUUGCAUAUAACUUAAACUCCUGGGUCCAACUCCUGGCCUCCGCAGGCACCGACAUACACAUACAAUUAGAAGUGUAGUUCUUAGCAGAGAAAGCUCCAUUUCCUGUAGCCAAGUCUGGAUAGUUUAUGCUUUGCUUCCCUUACAGUAUUUAGAACCCUUUCAGUUAAAUCUCAGCAAUGUUACUUGAUCAUUUUGCCUAAAUUAUAUAAAGAUAUAUUAGACUGUGUGUUCAUAUAUGAUCUGUGUGCAUCCAUGCAUACUUUGACUCCUGUGAGUGAACAGCUUAAAGCAUAGUAGAUAUUGUAUAUACAUAUAUUGUAGAGGACCGGCCUCGACAAAAAUACCUCUUGCCAGGGUAUGGGUGUGGGAAUUGAAGAAAUGUAAUAACAUGAAGAUGUAUAAAAACAAUAAGACAGAAAACAUAGAAAGUGUUGGGAGGGCAUCCAGUGGCUGAAGUCCUCUGAGUUUAUUUUUUCACUGCUUUUAUACCCAACACUAAUGGGGGAGGGGGGAGAGGUGGGAGAAGGGAACAAAAGACUUUAUUAACAUGAUACAAAGGAUAACUCACACAACCAAUUGCUUUAUCACUCUGAAACAUCAAAUCAUUAGCACUCUGUUGUCUAGGUAGCAAAGGCGCUCUAGAUCACACCUGCUGACAACUACCUAUCCCCAGAUGACCUCAUAGUUGCAAAGAAGGAGAAGUACACUUGCACAUCCUGACCACCUGUCAGGAUGGCAGGGAACUAUCUUAAUUUCAAGAGAACCAAGCAGUCACAUCCCAAGUUGAGACAGACAAGUAUGGCUUGUCAAUCUCCAAACACUCUGAUCGUCAGACAAGGUGGAAAUGGGCCUGCAAUUUUCAGCCUCCACCGCGCGCACACGCACACACACGAAGUUAACUUUAUUACUGUGUGUGUGCAUCACAGGCCCAGAUGUUUCGGAAUUUGUUACUGUGUACUUGCUGAAAUCUCUCCUUUCACAGAGUAUGUGUGUGGUACUUACUGUUUAAAACAUGAAAAAAGGAUUUUGUAGAACAUUUUCCUUAGACGCUCUGUAACUUUUCUUUCAACCUGGACAAAUACUUACCUUGUUAUAUCUGAUUGAAUACUUACAGUCACAAGGCUAUGAGUGGCCAACAUUUUUAGUUAUAAUAAAAAUACUGGAUACAUGUUUUUUAAUCAUGA